CAUUUGGGCUGUCCCCUAAUUAUUGAGGAAACUUUAGAAGAGAAAGGGCAGCAAGGGCUGACGGUUGCGGAAGUUCUUUGGUCUUAAGCAAGCCAUGAACGCCAAGGACUUUAUCUUUCGCAAGAGAAAGGGAGAGGCUCUUAUUAAACCGCCUGGCAGCAUCAAUGGAAAUGGAUUUGUACUGGACACCCUGCAAGACUGCGAGGUCUACAUCCUCGACCACAGCUCGCAAGUGCAAGUGGACGACUGCAUAAACUGCAAGAUCUUCAUAGGUCCCACCGACGGCUCCGUCUUCCUGCGCGACUGCCGCGACUGCGAGCUGUGUGUUGCCGCGCGGCAGCUCCGCACUCGGGACUGCCACGGACUGGACGUGGCGCUCUACUGCGCCACGCAGCCCAGCAUCGAGACCAGCACCCGCAUCACCUUCAGCUGCUGGCGGGGCGCCUACCCGGGCCUCUCCGAGCACUUCAAGCGGGCUAGGCUGGACCCCGACCGCAAUACGUGGAUGCAGGUGUACGACUUCAACAGCAAGGAGGAUCUGGGUGCCGUACACUACCAGCUGGACGAGUCGGUGCGGCCCUGGUGGAUAGCACCACCGCCUCCUGCCUCUCCUUCCCUUCCUCCUCCGACACAUCAGCAGCAGCAGCAGCAGCCGCAUGCUGAUGGCAGCACCAGCACCGGCAGCAGCAACACUGCUGGUGUUGACGGCGGCGGUAAGAGCGGCGGCGGCAGUAGCGGCGCUGCCGGGGAGUGGGCGGCGGCGCCGCCGGAUUGCCCCGUGGCAGCUGCGGAUGGGUCGCUGUUCGGUGGGGGCCGGCGGGAGCCCCCACCGCCGCCCAAGUCGCCUACAGGCUCCCCCCUGCCCGCCAGCCUUCCUCCCAGCCCGGGUCGUGCGGCCGCCUAUGACGAGGAGGUGGAGCUGGAGGACGAGGAGGAGGAGGGGGAGGAGGGGGACGGCGCGGGGGGCGUGACGCUGCUGCCACCAGGUGUGGAGGACGGUGGCUGCUUCUUCGUGGCGCCCGCACAGCCCUCACCCAGGGCCCACCAGCAGGAGGAGGAGCUGGGGGAGCAGCAGCAGCAGCAGCCGGGGGCAGCCACGGAGGCGUUCAAUAGCGAUGAUGUUGCAGCAGCGGCCGCAGAACAGCCGCCGCCGCAGCAGCAGCAAGUACCGGGGCUGCUGCUCCAGCAGGAAGAGAGCGAUGCUGGCGCCGCCCAGGUGAAGGCAGCAGCCUCAGCCUCCACCGCCGCCGCCGACGACGACGACGGCGGCGCCAGUGGUUUUACCUUUGACUCGCCGCGGCACACCUCUGCAUCCCCCGCUGCAGGCGAGUUCAGCGGCGAGGGAGCAGCAGCAGUAGGGGAUGUCGACCCAGCGGUAGGGGUUGUCCAGCCAACAGAGGAAGCAGCACUGGCGGCAGGUGCUGCGGAUGAUGGUCCAGACGUCGGCAGCGGCGGCACCAGCGGCGGUGCUGCUGCCGGUGCUGCGGGCGUACCGGUACCAGAUGACCAGCUGCUGAGCGGUCUAGGCCUGGCGCCAGACGCCAUGCUGCCCCCACCGCCACCCGCCUCCUCCUUGCAGCAGCAGCAUCAGGAACAGCAGCAGUCACCUGCUGCUGCUGCCCAGUCUGAGCCGCUACCUCCGCCUGCAGCUGCCGCUGCUCCUGCUCCUGCUGUGUUGGACGCCGACUUCUUCUCUUCCGUCGCCGCUGCCCCGCAGGCCCAGUCAUCGCCUACAGCAGCAGCAGCACCCGCAGCCGCUGCCGCUGACUUCAUCGACUUCAUCCCCCCUGUCAGCUCAGCACCCACAGCAGCCGCCAGAUUCCCAGCCGCUGCAGUCCCUGAUGAGCUGGCGGCUGACUUGUCGGAGGUAGCACCCUUCGCUGCCGCUGACCCAUGUACAAACGCCGGCGCUACUGCUACUGCUGCUGCUGCUGCAGAUAACAGUGGCAAUGAUGCAUUUUUCGAAGCAUCAGCGCCGUACACCACCUCAAGCAGGGUUGAUGUCCCCUCCUCCUCACUGGCAGCACCAGCAGCAGCAGCCGAGGAGGAGGCAGCAGCAGCGGCAGCGCCAGUAGCAGCGGCGGCAGUUCCAGUAGGGCCCAUUGAGACGGUUCCAGUAUGGCCCAUUGAGACGGUUGCUGCGGGCGGCGACGCGCGGGCGCAGUGGCGGGCGGGCAACGCCGCUCGGCUGUCGCAGCAGCUGCGGGAGGAGGGCGCUGCGCGAGAGGGGCUGCGGGAGGCGGCGAGGCGGAAGCUGGAGAGCAUGCAGCAGACCCGGGAGGCGCGUCUCAAGCAGCGAUUCGCCACCAACCGAGCCCAACAGCAGCCUCCUCAUCAGCAACAUCAACAACAUGAGCAACAGCAAGUAAAACACCAAGCACAAGGCCAACGAGGACAGAGCGGGCAGCUGGGCGGAACAGGCUGGGCUCGGGUGGCGGAGCUGGUGGGCUUCAGCGGCAGCGGCAGUGGACCUGCUGCUGCUGCGGCGGGGGCGGGGGCUGGGAAGAAGGCGGGUGACAAGGGUGCUGCUGCGGGGCAGGCUGGUCCCAGCCGGGAUGUUACGCGGCUGCGGCGGCUGAUCCUGACGCUGAAGAGCGCGGAGGCAGCAAAGUAAGGAGGAAGCGGAGGAGGAGGAAGAGGAGGCAAAGGAGGAGGAGGAGUCGAGCGGCAAGCUGCUGCGAAGGUGCAGCGGAGUAGCUGGGGGGCUGGGGCGGUGUGAGGCCGCCGUGUGGCGUCAAGAAAGCUGGACGCGAGUCCAGGAGGGCAUGUGGUGUCGUGAGGGCAUGUGGUGAGGGCAUGUGGUGUGGUGUCGCGUGUGACGGGUGCAUGGUGCUCUGUGCAGCAGGGGCUUUUGGAAGGCCGGGGCGGCGGGGAGAGGAGGUCCUAAAAGGGGGAGGAGCAGAAGGAGCGUUUUGGAGCGGUUAAGGCGGUAUCAGGAGGCGGAAGGCGGAUUUUCGUGUUAACUUUUAGUGUGUUCCGUUUACUAGCCGUACAUUACUGAACUAUCGUAAUCUUGUCAGUGAUGACACAUACAUACACGUACUUAUGAUACUUCGUUGCGCGCGUGAGAUAGGGUGCGACUUGUGUUUAUCUGCCGCCGUACGCACUUGUCUUAGGGUGGCCGGAUGCAAAUACGCGCGCGCGUUGGGCGGCAAGUGAGGUGCGGUAUGCUGCCCCUGGGAACAGCAGCAGCAGCGCAUGGGAUGCACUUCCUGGGGGUAUAAUAAGGGCGUGUCGUUAUCGGCCAACUUUUGCAGAUAACAGGUGGUUGUGGCGGUUUGGUUGGGACAGUUUAGAUUCGCGUGCGUGGCACUGGGAUGUGCAUAGGGCCCACAUGUGUAGCAGGAGAGCACAGAGCUGCACGCAGCUCACAACAAUGCUGCAGCGGUUGUCUAAGGCAUGUGCCGUCUGUUUGGAGCUCCUGAACUGCGCAGUGUCCUCAUGGGCCCAGGCGUGGGCUUGAAGUAUGGGAAGGGUGGGCGAUGGACAAGCAACCUGGUACAGCCUGCGACUAAUCAUUUGCUGAAAAGAACUUACAGCCCUUAUGAUUUAGUGAUGCGUUAGCUUGCGGCGCAGAGAUCGAGACGAUAAUGGCUGGGCGCAACGAGCUGUAAAUAUCCUGUGAAAAGUGAGGUCGCAAAAGCUGCUAGUCUUGAUAGACA